ACAGGUAGGACCAGCCCACCACCGGGCCCAUCUAUCAGCGUAGCAUACGGGUAGGCCCCACCGUGAGCGUGGGACGCUAUGCGGCGGUUUCCCCCGGUGAUUUCCACGCCCCUUUCUAUCCCCAAACCCGAAGGCAAACCCCUCUUUUGAAUUCCCUCCCUCCCCUUCCCCUCGGCCGCCUCGCCGCCGACCCGGCCCGGGACGGAGGCCCCCCUCCCCCUCCCUCCCGGAACCUUCUGGAAGCUUCCGCGGCUCCCUCCCCUGCUCCGGCGAGAGCCCGCGUCGCCGCCGCCGCAGCAGCCACCAGCACCUCGCGCUCUCGGCCCGUUGCUUGCAGCGGGAGGAAAGGGGUCAAGAUGGUUGUUGGAUCAUUCAUUACCAGAGCUUUGAUACUUGUUCUUGGAUAUGCAUAUCCGGCUUAUGAUUGUUACAAGACAGUGGAGCUGAAUAGGCCUGAGAUUGAGCAGUUGCGGUUCUGGUGUCAGUACUGGAUUUUACUUGCAAUGCUUACUGUUUUCGAGAGAGUUGGGGAUAAUUUCAUAUCAUGGUUGCCGAUGUAUAGUGAAGCAAAGCUGGCUUUUAUUGUGUAUUUGUGGUAUCCUAAGACACAGGGGACUUCAUAUGUCUAUGAGUCGUUCUUCAAGCCGUAUAUCGCAAAACAUGAAUCUGAGAUUGAUCGCAAUCUUCUUGAGUUGAGGACAAGGGCUAGUGAUAUGGCUGUUACUUACUUCCACAAGGUUGCAGACUACAGCCAGUCAAGGUUCCAUGAGAUCUUGCAAUAUGUUGCUUCUCAAUCACAAAGAUCUCGUUCUCAGGCACAGCAACAGCAGCAGCGUCCACCACCUCCACGGACUCGGAUGGCGAAUCCUGCACCACCACCUGUUCCUGCACCAACGGCACCACCGAUGCCACCACAGCCCGCCCAAGUUCCUCCUACUCCACCAAGGAUGCAGGUGCAAGAUAAGGGCCCAGUUCCAGUUGCCCCUCCUGGCGCAGUGCCUCCUGUGCAGCAACAAACACCUUCCGGUCCUGGCCCUGUCACCGGCAACAGCCCCCCAAACAGUGAAGACAUGCUGGUUGAUCAAUCUGGGCCAUCGACAAGCAACGUGCCACUCCGCCCAACAAUGCCUGAAGACGAGGAGACGCUCAUCCAGGAGGCUAUUCGGUUGACUCGGGGCCGGCUCAGGAGGCGCAUGGGUGGAUCUGGACCUCCAUCCAACUAGCUCUUCUUGCACUUACGAUGAUGAUGGCAGGGGAAAUGCUGGGUUGGUCCAUCAGGCAUGGCUGAAUUACCUCGCACAGUUGCGCAUGCGCGCUCACGUCCGCCUUGUAAAACGAUGAAUCCUGGUUCCUGUUGUUUCAUAGCCCAGAUUGUGUAUAUAAACCCACCCCACACCAGGGGUAAAAACGCUGGGAUGUCAGUGGACCACCAGUUUAGCUAGGCGGUAGCAGAAGAUGGUUAAGAUGCUCGGUGAAAUCGGUUCCAACUUAGUUCUGUCGAAAUUCGUUGGUGGUGACUUCGUCUGUACUGGAAAGUGGUUCAAAGGUGAAGUGAAAUAAUCUUAGGCUGUA